AUGGACGCGGACGGAGCUCCUCCAAACGCCAAGCGACCUCGCCAUGAUGAAUCCCCCUCUUCCAUCCAAAACCCUAAUCCCCUUCCGAUUUCCAGUCAAAGCCAUUUCGAUUUGUCUAUCUCUUCUCUACUCUCGUUUCCGGACUCAUCGCCUUCGCCGUCCUCAAUUGGCCGCUCCUUCGAUCGAGCUCUCGAGAAAGCUCUCGCCUCCGCCUCCAGUCAUGUCUCCGCUCAAGAUCUCCUCCUCGAUCGCACUGUCGAACUCGCCUCCCUUCUUCUCGAGUCUACUCAACGAUGUUACCGGAAGCGAGCCACCGUUCACAAUUCCAAUUCCUGGCCUUUCCCUCAAGACCUCACCAUUAAGGUGUUUUCAAUGCUUGAUAAAAAGUGUCUGAUGCAAGCAAUGGUAAGCUGCACCAUGUUCCAGAGGUGUGCCAUUGACCCUUUGUGCUACUCUCGCAUCGGAUUGAAAGACAAAAACGUUGAUGAUGGAGUUGUGCGUACCUUGAUCCAUCGAGCUGGAAAGGAACUCAGAUCUCUUGAACUUGGCCAUGUUGCUCGCCCUACAUCUCCUUUGUCUCUACUAACAGGAUCUUGCCUUUCCCCACUAUCCUAUAAUCAUUGUUUCAUUGGGAAUCGAUUGAGAAGCCUACACCUUUACGGUUUCAAGGAUAUGUAUAAAGAUUCCUAUUGUGAUGCCUUGUCAGCUUGUUCAAAUCUCACUGAUUUGAAGAUUGUUGGACUGACCUCUGAGCAGAUAUUCGAGCCAAUAGUCACAAGAAAAUCAUGCCGCAAGAUAGAGCAUCUAUUCUUGGAGGCCCGUCUUUUCCCAUAUAGUUCAACGGGGGAUUCAGUCAUGGCAGAUUUCGUGGCCAGCCUCCCCAACUUAACCUCGCUAACGUUCAUAGGUUUUGAUAUGACUGAUGCCAUAGCCCAACUUCUUUUUGAGGGCUUUCCUAAACUCAAGCACAUGAAUCUGUCUAGAGCGUCCCAAAUCAAGGGUCGCUUUUUGAGGGAUUUGGGAGAUAGCUUGAAAGACAGUCGGCUCGAGACUCUAAUACUGCGCGAUUGCCCUUAUCUUGAGGAGAAAGAAGUGUUGCAGUUUCUGAACUCGCUGUUCACAGGAAACUUGAAACUACUCGGACACAUUGACGUUUCUAAUACCCGAGGCUUACGUACUGAUGGUGUCAGGAGAUCUAAGAACCCAAACUUCCCACUGGAGAAGCUGAAAGAAGAAAGACCAAAUGUCAAGUUUGUGGCAGAUUUUACCUCUUCAUUAUCAAGAUCAGAAAGGUUUUCGCGGGGCAUUUCUGACAGCAGCGACGACGAAGACGAUGGAUAUGAAAUAGCCCCAGUGGACCCUCGGAUUGAGAGCGAUGGUGAUGAUGAUUUCGCAAACUUUGUUGACGGCGACGCUUUGUUAGGAUAUGAGUUUUAG